UUCUGGUUUUUUCGCCUACUGGCUGUUUUGGUUCUCUGCUGCGGUUAGGUGUUUUUGUUCCUGUUUUUCUUCUGCUGUUAUUUGCGCUGCUGUGUAUUGGGGCAGUAGGCUGGGUUUUGAGUGGCUGUUUUGUCAGUUAGGCGGGCUGCAGCAGUGUUUCUGCCAUGCUGCUAGGACAGUUAGAGGGGUAUUGCCUUGUAUUGCAAUUAUAGGGGAGUGCUGCUAUGUCAUUUGUAUUUGUAUUGUUCCCUUUGCAGGCUGAGUAUGUCUUUUACUAGCUUUUCUUAAUAAAAUUUUCCGUUUCAAAAAAAGAUCAUGGGGUGAGGUUGUGCACAUUUGUUUUACCCAUAGGACCCAUCAUGAUGGACCUCAUGAUAUUUGACUCCCCUUUAUUAAUAAUUGACUUAAAGUGUUUUAGGGGUAGGAACGUGUGCAACGAGUUGUUUAGUUGUGCUCUAUUUUGAGUUUUUGGGUGCAUUUGGUUAUAAGCAUAAUGCAAGAAAUAACGGUGUGAAAAUCUUUCUUGUCAUAUUCUUUAGGAGAAGUGUCGGAGAUAUAAAAAACCAAUUUUGUGCCUUCAUAUAGUUUUACAAUUGGUUCUUGGAACAUAUCAACUGUCUCAAUGACCAAGUAUUAACAUAAGGUAUAGUGGGCCUAUGCAUUUGUCCAAGCUUUGAGCAUAAAAGGAUUUUUUUUUUUGUUUUUGACAUUGAGCACAAAAGGAUCUUACAUGAAGCGCAUAUUGGAGAUAUGAAAACUAAACCUGUGCCUUACCUAACAACUUAAUGCUUGUUUAGAUUACAGUUAGCUCUUCCCCAACCAAAUCCUAAUUUAAGGCACAUAGUACCAUGUCUAAUUGUUCUGUGUUUGACAAAUUGCAUGACUUGAAAUUUUUACACAUUCUGUUUUUCAAAUAGAGUCAAUGUGUGUGGGAUUUGGUUCUUUCAAUGAGGGGAAUAAGAAAUUCGAAUUUGAGCUGAAUACAAUUCUUCUAUCAUACCCCUUUUGGGUUCAAAUUUAAGUCUUUGCUGCAACAUUGGAUUUUCAAGCUCGACUCAAAACUGGUUUCUUUUUCGGAGAAUAUUUUAAGGCUUUCAUCUAACCAUUUUGUGUGUGUGUGUGUAUUAAUGUAUAUAUCUAAUUUAACUGAAAGUAUUGGUGCUUAUAUUAUUCUUUAAUGAUGGUUUGAGAUCUAGAGACUAGGGCCUAGUUUUUUCAAUUUGUGCGAUAUCAAUCCAGAACUGAUGAAACACAGGUAAAAACAUGCAUAAAACUUCAUUUUUUCAAAAAUAAAAAUAAUUAAUUAAUUUUUUUUCAAAUAAAAUGGAAAUGUUGGGGCCUGUGGGCCAGCUUUAGCCCACAGGGCAUUUUAGAUUGUGUUGCUUAUAUGAUUGCGGGCUCCUUGGCUUUGGGGUUUUUUUGUCCCCUAAAACAUGGGUUGGGGUCAAGCUUUGUGGGUUUGCAUAAAUUGACAGCUCUUCCUGUGGAGAGGAUACAUACAAUGGCAAUAUUUUCAGUGACAUAUUGAAGUGUAGUUGCCAACAAACAUUGCUUCAGAUUCAUGAAAUGCUGACAAUUAUGAAACUGCAAUUUUGAUUGAAGCUGGGUUUCUGGAUUGUAAUUUUAUCAUCACCAAUGGGUUAUAGAUGUAUUCAGUGUGGUUUUACCAUCAAUACACUUUAUUUUCAGUAUUCUCCGGGUAACAUUCGCUUGAUGAAAUGUGAGAAUUGCAAGGCUGUGGCAGAUGAAUACAUAGAAUGUGAAAUCAUGAUUAUUGUAAUAGAUAUAAUACUUCACAAACCGAAGGCCUAUAGACAUCUUCUUUACAAUGUAAUCAAUCAAGAAGCCAUGAAGUUUCAGGGACUACUCUGGAAAUUGGCUGUCAUUUUUCUUCUUUUUGAUGCAUACAGGUAUUUGAUCUUGGAAAGCAGCAAGGGUAAACUGGGUUCAUCAAUGAGCUACUCAUCACUAGUGUCGAUGUGUUGCAAGAUGCUGAUCGACGUCUGCUUUGGGAACUUUAUGUUUCUUUUAACCUUCUUCUUUAUGGUCAAGAUGUUUCUCCAUAUAUCAAUCAGUGUCUCCAGAUGCAAUGACAUUUUGCUUGGUCUCCUGAUUUCAUGUUACUCCAAGAUUUUUCUUAUUGCCAUGACGGUCUGGGAAUUUCCAUCUUCUGUGAUCUUCAUUAUUGAAUUAUUUUGCUUAUCAUCUAAUGCAGUAGCAUUAAAAGUGAUGACGGAGUCAAGUAUGAGUCGAUGUGUAUGGACCUGCUUCAGUGCAUAUGCUAUCAAGUUGUUUUUCAUUCAGGCACCUGAGCUCAUAUUGUUGGGGAAACUAAUGCAAGGCUGGAGUCAAAUGCCCUUCACACUGUCUUUAAAGUCAGUUUUUGUUUAGUUUUUGUUUGUUUCUUUUAGUAGCAAUAUUGUAUGGCCAAUGGCUAUUGUGUUUGUGAACUGUAUGUCUAAAUCCUUCACUUUCUUUUUCCUUAAAUUUGAUUUGAACGAUGAACUUUAUUAGUUUGUUCCUUGUUUAUGAUGUGAAUGCUUGCAUGAGGAUGGUUUACAGCGAACCAUCAUGGAUAACUAUAUUAUAAAUCGUUGAGAUUCAUCGGUUGUAACUUGGAUGAUUGAGAUUCAUAACUUAGCCAGUGUAAUGCUACCUACACAAAUAUUAGUGGAAUUGUACACAUGUGGUAACA